CCUUUUUCUUUAUUUUGUUUUUUUUUCCUUGAUCGACUCCUCCGAAUCAUCCGUCCACGCUUCCUCCCCGUAACCGUUGCCGGCGAUCGAUCUCCUCCGCCAACGCUACCGCUGCCACCACCACCACUGCCCCUAUCAAUGGCGGAGGAACUCGCCGGCACGGGCGCCGCCGCUUCCGAUCCGGACGGUCCUGACGGCGUCCGCAUGACCUGGAACAAUUGGCCCCGCACAAAGGUGGAAGCGAGCAAGUGCAUCGUCCCUGUCGCGGCCUCCAUCUCCCCGAUCCGCCCAUCCCCCACCCUCCUCGUCCUCCCUUACCACCCUCUCCGAUGCAAACCACCGUGCUUCGCCGUGCUCAACCCCUUCGCUGUCGUCGACUUCGCGGCCAAGAUCUGGAUCUGCCCUCUCUGCUUCACCCGCAACCAUUUCCCCCCUCACUAUGCCGGAAUCAGCGAGAACAACAUGCCCGGCGAACUCUAUCCCCAAUGCACUACGGUGGAGUACGCUCCCCCGCCCCUUGACCACCUGUCGUCCCCUCCGCCGCCCCCUCCUGUGUUCCUAUUCGUGAUCGACACUUGCAUCAUCGAGGAGGAGCUCGUGUUCCUCAAGUCGGCCAUGCGUCGUGCCAUAGGCCUUCUCCCUGAUAAUGCGCUCGUCGGGCUGCUCACGUUCGGCAGAAUGGUCCAACUUUACGAGCUAGGGUUCACGGAAGUCUCCAAGAUCUACGUGUUCAAAGGGACCAAGGAAAUUCCCAAAGAGCAGAUCUUGGAUCAACUCGGGCUAUCUACUACCAAUGUCCGGCAUGGCGCUGUAAUUGGAGCUCCAGGAUAUCCCAAAUCGCCGCAGAGUAAUGGAUUUCAUCCAUCUGGUUCGGUUAAUAGAUUCCUGCUUCCAGCAGCGGAUUGUGAAUACGCUUUGAAUACUUUGUUGGAUGAGAUGCAGACGGAUCAGUGGCCAGUCGAAGCAGGGAGUCGGUCUCUACGUUGCACUGGGGUGGCUCUAAGUGUUGCUGCUGGCCUCCUUGGAGCAUGCAUGCCUGGUACUGGGGCUCGUAUCAUUGCUUUGGUCGGUGGACCAUGCACCCAGGGCCCUGGAAUGAUUGUGUCAAAGGAUCUGUCAGAUCCCGUGCGAUGCCACAAAGAUCUUGAUAAAGAUGCAGCUCCACAUUUUCACAAGGCUGUUAAAUUCUAUGAUAAUUUAGCCAAACAACUGGUUAACCAGGGCCACGUAUUGGACCUAUUUGCUUCUGCCCUUGAUCAGGUUGGAGUUGCAGAGAUGAAAGUAGCAGUUGAAAGGACUGGCGGGCUUGUUGUUCUUGCAGAAAGUUUUGGCCAUCCGGUUUUCAAAGACUCAUUCAAACAAAUUUUUGAAGAUGGAGAGCAAUCUCUUGGCCUUUCUUUUAAUGGCACACUUGAGAUCAACUGCUCGAAGGAUAUCAAAAUUCAGGGGAUUAUUGGACCAUGUACUUCCCUAGAGAAGAAGGGAGCUCUUUGUGCUGAUACUGUUGUAGGUCAAGGAAACACAACGUCAUGGAAAAUGUGUGGCCUUGAUAGGAGCACUUGUUUAACAGUAUUCUUUGAUAUUUCAACUACUGAACGAUCAAACCAAUCUGGAAUUCCCAAUCCACAAUUAUAUAUACAGUUUUUGACAAAUUACCAGGGCCCUGAAGGUCAAAUGAGGUUACGUGUUACAACUGUUACCAGAAAAUGGGCAGAUAGUUCUAACACAGAGGAAUUGGUUCAAGGAUUUGACCAGGAAACAGCUGCAGUUGUUUUGGCAAGAUUCACCUCCUUGAAAAUGGAAAUGGAGGAAGGAUUUGAUGCAACAAGAUGGUUGGAUAGAUCUCUUAUCCGCCUUUGCUCAAGAUUUGGUGAUUAUCGAAAGGAGGACCCUGCUUCAUUUACAUUGAAUCCAAAUUUCUCAAUACUUCCACAGUUCAUGUUCAACCUGAGGCGCUCACAAUUUGUACAGGUUUUUAACAACAGCCCAGAUGAAACAGCUUAUUUCCGCAUGAUGUUGAAUCGCGAAAGCAUCACUAAUUCAGUUGUCAUGAUACAGCCUUCACUUCUUUUAUAUUCUUUUAACUCGCCUCCUGUUCCUGCACUAUUGGAUGUGGCAUCUAUAUCUGCAGAUCGUAUACUUCUGCUAGAUGCUUACUUCAGUGUUGUUAUCUUCCAUGGUAUGACCAUUGCCCAAUGGCGCAAUAUGGGUUACCAAAAUCAGCCUGAGCAUCAGGCAUUUGCUGAGCUGUUACAAGCUCCUCAAGACGAUGCCCAGACGAUCAUCAGAGAGCGUUUUCCUGUUCCAAGAUUAGUUGUUUGUGACCAACAUGGCUCCCAGGCAAGAUUCUUGUUAGCAAAGUUGAAUCCAUCUGCCACAUAUAACUCUAGCCAUGAGGUGGCCGUGGGCUCUGAUAUCAUCUUCACCGACGAUGUUAGUCUUCAAAUAUUCUGCGAGCAUCUUCAGAGGCUGGUUGUUCAGUCAUAACAGCAUUGAUCACCAACUGGAUGCCUGUCUUCAAAUAUUCACUUAAAAUGCAGUAAGCGAACUUAGAUCACUUAGUUAUUUGGUUCUUCGACACUUAAAUCUAUUGUUUCCCAUCAGGAAUAAGCCGCCAUGCUUCUUGCUGUUAUUUACUCGGGCAACUUAACAUUUUACUCUUUUGAGAAUAAGGUGGAUAACUUUUAUCAGUCGACUUUAUUGUAUUUUCGCCUUUUGCUUCCCUCACCAUUGUCCAAUGUAAGAUGUAUUGUAUUAAUCAUCCUAAUUUGAAUUUAUUUUUUUUACAAUAUA